AUGCAGCAUGAGAAUGGACGCUCUGAGCAACUUGUCGUACGCAAGAGCAAUCCAACAGUGGCCGCCCCUUUUCUUGAGUUGCCUCACGAAUUCACCCUCCUGCAUUGCCUACAGGCAGCAGGAUUUCCAUGCCCUCGCCCAAUCGAUCUGGCGGUAUCACCAGGAGGCCUAGAUGAUACAUUCUAUACGAUGGAGCGGCUACCUGGUCGUAUUCCAGGAAGCUAUUUUGAACACGUAACCCUGCAAACAGAAGUAUUGCUGCGGCUCGCCGACGUGCUGGCUAAGCUUCAUAACACACCGUUGGAAAGUUAUCGGGACUUUAUCAAAGAUUGCGGGGUGGAGUCUGUCCUGAACGAGACAGUGGAACAGUGUUAUCAUCGCAAAAUGAAAGAGUUGCGAGAAUAUACCGGAAAAGUUGAGCAUUUGCCGUCCCCAUAUGUGACCUGGCUCUUCCGAUGGCUCGAGAACAAUAUCCCGAAAUGCACUAACAGCCCUGUUCUCUGCCAUGGGGACUUCAACUUCCACAAUGUUCUCAUAGGGGACGAUGACAGCGUUACUGGAGUGCUCGAUUGGGAAUGUGCAGAGUUUGGGGCUCCCGAGCAGGACUUGGCCUAUUUUCAAUCGCAUGUAUCUCGCCACAUGGAGUGGGACGACUUUGUGGAACACUACAACAAGUGCGGAGGUCGUAUGAUUGACCUAGAUUGGAUGAAGUUCUGCGCUCGCUAUAACACGCUUCGGAUUCUUCUCGCGUUGAUACGCAAGAUUCUGGACCUGCAGUUGGGGUUGAGCGACGACAUACGAUACUUGAUGAUUCAACUCGUUUUCGCUCCCCGUGUGAUGGAGCUUGGUAUGAACGACAUUCGAAAAGUUGUCGUCAAAUGA